UGAGGGGUGGAGCGAGGCUCCCAGGCAGGCGAAGGCACAGCUGAGGCGCAGCAUCAGCCCAUCGGGGUCUCGCCCUCUCGCCUCGUGUCCCCACGUCCUCAAAUCCCCGACUGCCAGCCAUGCAGCCCCGCUGCCCCCAGUGCCACCCCUAAGGGCAUCGGAGCUGCCCGCGCCUGCAGCCCCACACCUCGACACGGCCGCAGCAGUGCCAGGACGCCAGGGAUGGAGCAAGCAAUUGCCCAAAAUGGAUCAUGUGAGUUUCCCUGAGAAGUCCACGAAGCGCUGCUGUCAGCUCCGGACAUGGUAUAAAUCACGGGGACAUCCCAGCGGGUAUAAAUUCUUUGGCUGAUCAAACUUCAGCAGCGGGGAAACCUCUCCAGCAGCCCGGCAAGAGCAGAGACUGGAUUCCAAGCAGCAAAGCAGUGUUCCCCCCCCGCUGAACCAUGGCUGAAGAGCCCGUGCGGAAGGACAGCGAGAUCAGACGGCCCAACUCCAGCAUGGGCUGCGGAUCCAAGGACGACAAAGCCAGCCUGGCGUCCAGCCAGGCAGCGUCCUUCAGCCACCAGCCCCACCAGCCAUCUGCUCCAGCCUCCAAGGAAGUGUGGAAGAAGGGCGGCCGCAUGUUCUCCAUCCUGCUGGCCGUGCACUUAGCCCUGCUGGCUUGCACGCUGGUGAGCAGUGGGGCUUUUGAGAGAAUUGCCGUGCAUGAUUACGAUGUCUUUUUCCUGCUGACUGUCAUGAUGCUGAUAGUCAUCAUAUGGAUUAUCUUCUACCUCGUCAGCACCUCCCGGUGCCCGGAUGCCAUCCUCUGCAAAGACUCCCACGCUGGACCCAUCUGGCUGAGAGGAGGCCUGAUCCUGUUUGCCAUUUUCAGCCUUGUCAUGGAUGUGUUCAAAAUAGGAUAUUACUCCAGCUUCUACAGCUGCCUGUCUGCAAUCAAAAUAAUGUACCCCAUCGUGCAAGCAAUAUUCGUGGUUGUGCAGACGUACUUCCUGUGGAUCUCUGCCAAAGACUGUGUCCACGUACACCUGAACGUCACCAGGUGUGGCUUGAUGCUAACUCUGACCACAAACUUAGCGGUGUGGAUGUCAGCGGUGACAGACGAAUCUGUUCACAAAGCACAUUCAAAGCUGAAGAAAAAUACAACAGAGGAGUUGUUCAGGUGGCUCCUGAAAGUGGGAAUGAGGAGUAGCUCAACAGAAGCAUGCAACUGCAACAGCCAAAUCUGCCAGAUCUUCAAGAAUGGCUACUUCUGGCUGUACCCCUUCAACAUCGAGUACAGCCUGUUUGCCUCUGCCAUGGUUUAUGUCAUGUGGAAGAACGUCGGGCGCUUUAUAGACCACCACUCCCACCACGUUCAGCGCCUGAAGUUCAGGCUCUUCCGAAGAACCUUCUUUGUAGGUAUUGUGCUGGGCCUCAUCAUCCUGGUGAGUGGCUUGGGAGUCCUUGUCGUUUAUGAGGUGCAAGUAAAUUCCAGCACUGAAUCCAGCAAGAAGAGCCAAGCACUCACCAUGUACUACAUCUUCAACAUUGUUUGUCUGGGCCUCAUGUCCCUUGUCUGCAUUGGAGGCUCUGUCAUCUACCGCUUUGACAAGAGAGACAUGGAUCGGCACAAGAACCCGACACGGACGCUGGACGUGGCCCUGCUGAUGGGUGCUGCCCUGGGGCAGUACGCUAUUUCUUACUACUCCAUCGUAGCCAUCGUGGCCAGCACGCCAAGGGACGCCAUCAGCGCGCUUAACCUCACUUACGCCCUCCUCAUGAUCGCGCAGCACACUUUCCAGAACAUUUUCAUCAUCGAAGGCCUUCAUCGGCAGCCCCCCAAGGAAGACCACAAGCACAGCUCUCACCAAAAGGAUCUCUACGGUCUCACCUUUGUCAAUGUCAACGCGGUGUCCCUCCGGGUGCCCGACAAUGGCAGCUCCUUGGCACCGAGCGCUGCCUCGGGCACCGAGCCUUCCGACUUCGUGCGGUCCCUCACGGCCCCCAAGAGGAUAAACUGGAGGAGGAAGUUCUUAAGGGAGAUCUCCAUGUUCCUCCUGCUGUGCAACAUCAUACUCUGGAUCAUGCCUGCAUUUGGUGCCCGGCCCCACUUUGACAAUGACACCGAACUGAACUUCUAUGGUGAUUCCAUGUGGCCGGCCAUUGUGGACAUUUGCCUGCCCUUUGGGAUCUUCUACCGAAUGCAUGCAGUGGCCAGUUUGCUGGAGGUCUGCAUCAUGUCCUAAUGAACUGUCUCGCAAGGAAGAUGAGAACCUCCUCAACCCACCCUCCUUCCCCCCCCCGUAUCUGGGAGCCCGGCCCCGCAUCCCCACGGCUCCUCACCACUGCCUGAAUCACGUCCUCGUGCAGUGUCAGGACAUUUCUGAACUGUCAGUGAAGAUCAUCCCAACAUAGCUCCAGAUUUUAUUUUUGCUACGUGUGUGUGGAUGUGCACGUGAGUGUGUUUGAAGUUCUUAGACCUUAAAAAAAGAGAAAAAAAAAAAAAAGAAGGAACCAGAGUAGGAUGAUGGUAGUUAUGCUUAGAUCAUGCACAGAGAAUCUCCUUCCUCCCUAGAGCACCCCAUGCCACUGCUUGACUCUCCCGUGAGUGCUUGGCCCCCGUGGGCCAUCCCUGCCUGCACGGAGGGACCGGCUCUGGCGUGAACGGCCAAGGGAGGGAAACCACUGCAGCUGCGGUACGGCCAGUCAGAAACCACUCACUCCCCUGCAGAGAUGUGAAAAAACAACGGCUGCCACCAAAGGCGCUGGGGAAAUGCUUUCUCUGCCCUCUUUGCGCCGCCCGUCCCCAUUGCCCGCGCGGAGCCUCCCCAGCGCAGCCCCCGCCGCUCCCCUUCGCUGCGGGCUGCCUCCGAUGCUGGCGCCUGCUCCGCUGCCGGGAGCGCUGAGCACGGGGCUGCCCUGGCACUUUCCCCCCGGAUUUUCCUGAAUCAGUGCUCAAGAGCCAUAAAGAUCGUAGGGGCAAGGUAGCGUGACAAAGAGCUUUGUUUUUUCUUUUAUUCUUUUUUAAUAGUUAAUUUUUUUUUUUUAAUAGCUGAACCUUUUUGUACACAAAAUUAUUUAUUGAUUUUCACUGUAACACUCAACUCCUGUCGGGACCCUCCGUGCCCCGCCGCGCAGAAAUCACCCCAGUGCUCCAGCUUCCCCGUGCACCUCCUGUGCCCUCAAGGCAGGGCCGCAAUGAACCCUGUGGGAUUCGGGGCCCGUGCACGUGGCCCCAGUGCGUGGCUCUGGGAGCCUGCAGCUCCCCGUGGACCACAGCAGCACAGGGUGGGUUGGGUUGGAAAGGACCUCAAGGAUGACCCUGUUCCACGGCUCCUGUCCCAUGACCCGGGCUGCAGGUGGCAGGAACGGGCUCGCUGCCCUGCAUGGAGCCCAGGCAGAGCCAGGGGAUGCUCACGCUACUGGGGAGGUGUGUGCCCAAAGGGCACAGCUGCGCUUUGCCUGCACCCCAAGACACCCAUGGUUAUUGUUCAAAUAAAGAAUGCUCCAGAGAUGGCAGAGAUGGAGCCUUUUCUUACAGGGGUGUGUGUGCAUCUGUCAAAGGAAAUAAAAAAUAAAAGCAAAUUGCGAUACCUGGCAA